AAACCACAAACUGUCAGCUCGAAGAAGACCAUUGAGAAAAGGAACAGCUUUCUGGGUGACUGCAGUUCACACGCACGCCCUCCCCUCAAUCUGAGUUAUCGAAUCCGCCCAGCAUCAGCAGCAGUCAACAAGACGGAACUUAAAAAAGAAAGAAAGAAAGAAAGAAAGAAAGAAUGGGAUAAAGUGGUAGUCUGACAGAUUCAGUGUCUAAAGGGAAGGACUGGGAGACACGAACAGAGAGGAUGGACUGGAGACAUAAAACUGUGGCUGUGUUUUUUCUGCUCUGUUCCCUCACAGAUAUAAGGGCAAUGGGCCAGACUCCAGAUGUGUGCUCAUCGUGUCAUGCUAAUGCCACAUGUGAUGACAAGUCUGACGGCUCUGGAAAAGUCUGUAACUGUAUGUAUGGCUUUGUUGGAAAUGGGAGAACCUUCUGUCAAGACAAAGAUGAGUGUCAGAUUGGAGCCAAUAAGAUCUGUGGGCAUCACACGUCUUGUCACAACACAUACGGCAGUUAUUAUUGCACCUGUCUGUCUGGCUACAGCCCCUCCAACAGCAUGUCUAGCUUCAUUCCUAAUGAUGGAACCCACUGCCAGGACAUCGAUGAAUGCCAAGUGUCAGGGCUGUGUGGAGAGGGGGGGCGAUGCAUGAACCUGGACGGGAGUUUCGAGUGUCACUGUGAGGUGGGGUACCAAGUCCAUAAUGGAGCACAGCCUUUUCACCCCCAACGAGACAAGGCCUCCUGCAAAGUGAUUGACUGUGGCCAGCCUCCAUCAGCAGAGGAUAUGAUGUUGAUGUCAGCUACGGGGACCAGGUACGGCAGCGUGGCUGUAUUCGACUGUGAUGACGGCUUGUUGUGGAGGAGUGGAAACAAUACCUGUGUGUGUGGGGCUGAUGGAGCAUGGAAAGGACCAACCAUGGUUUGUGAAGCCAAAUGUGGCCCGAUUCCAUUCCUGGCCAACUCAGAAGUGGUGUGGCAUGACAGAAGUGUUGUGAUCCAUCGUUGUGUGGAUGGAUAUCACAGCUGGAGGGGGAGCAACGUCUCCAUAUGUGACAACACUGGGGUUUGGCAGAAAGCCACGCUGACAUGCAUAGAAGUGGUGUGGCAAAACAGAAGUGUUGUGAUCCAUCGUUGUGUGGAUGGAUAUCACAGCUGGAGGGGGAGCAACAUCUCCAUAUGUGACACUGGGAUUUGGCAGAAAGCCACGCUGACAUGCAUGGCCAAAUGUGGCCCGAUUCCAUUCCUGGCCAACUCAGAAGUGGUGUGGCAAAACAAAAGUGUUGUGAUCCAUUGUUGUGUGGAUGGAUAUCACAGCUGGAGGGGGAGCAACAUCUCCAUAUGUGACAACACUGGGGUUUGGCAGAAAGCCACGCUGACAUGCAUAGAAAUCAAGCCAGCUAUCACUGACUUGGUUGUUUUUAAUGAAAAAUGCCUGUGGUGGAAAGCAGAGAAGUAUGAAGAUGAUACAGAAGUGUAUAAGGUGAUUUAUAUGGGAUCCAGGGCAUACCAGAGGUUGUUUCAUGACAAGAGGAAGCGUUUUCUCAACUCCAAGGCUGACCGGCUGCAACUGUGCCUCAAUCUGCUGCCUGCCACAAACUACAGCAUCUCCAUCACUGCAGUGUCUGCCAAAUUCACUGUCACCGUCACCACUAACACUAGUCUGAAAGCACCUCAGGCACCAGUUAUCUAUUACAGAGAGGUCGAGACUCCAUUGCCGACACUGAGGCUGCUCAGACCGACAGACACACUGGACCAAAUAAGUUUGUAUCAGGUGUUUGUGCUCCCAGUGGAGGCUGUCAUGGUGUUCGACUGUACUUCUCCUGGGAACUCAGAUUUCUCCAGCAAACAGAAAUCCCUGGAACAGUAUGUCACCGCCCAGAUCCAAGUUAGACGUGUGGGGAGGGAGAUGAACUUUACUGUGGGGGACGGACUUUACUAUGGCGGCUUCUACAACGCACCUCUGCAGAACGGCAGAGACUACUACAUCAUCCUACGAGCUGUCAGUCAGUGGAACGGGGAUUUUAAAAGUGCUUGUGUUCUAUGGGCAAAAGCAAAAGGUACUUCCUAUGUUAUUAGGAUUUCCUCACUGUCAGCUGGUGGGUCAGUAGGAUUAGUCACCUUGGUCAUUCUGGGAGGAUACAGUUACAGCUGGUUUUCCAAGAUGUGACAGACCCAACUUCUCCCUAUACUGAUGUUUUGCGAUUUUAUUUGUUGGUACACGGCCGAAUCCACCAUCUUUGCAUCUGCAAUUUUGUAUAUUGUAAAAAAAAAAAAGUAAAAUGGAUAAAAUAAGUUAUUUAGCUUUGUUUUCUUGUUUUUUAAUAGCAUUCAAAUAUUUCUCUUUAAAUGGUGCAAAUUUCUGACAGUUGUAAAUAAGGGAUUAAAUAAACAUUUGCAAUUUGUGGUCCUUUGGUUUCCGGUAAAGCCAUAAUUAAAUGUUA